AAUAAUGGCCGCCCGUUUUGUCUUCUUCUUUACCGAAACCGAAACCGAUCGCCCGAGUCCCAUUCGCACCGCUCCAAUACCAUACCGCCAUCGGCCCUCCAUCUCUCUGCGCGACGUACGUCUUCCGCGAGAGAGAGGCGAGUGGAGAAGGGAGUCGAGGAGCCAAGGUGGGCGGUGGACAUGGCGGCGGCGGUGAGGGUGGAGAAGGCGACGAGCGACCUGCUGCUGGGGCCCGACUGGACCCUCAACAUCGACAUCUGCGACGGCGCCAACUCCGAUCACGGGCAAGCAAAGGAGGUGAUUAAAACUGUGAAGAAGCGUCUUCAACACAAGAAUUCAUCGGUUCAAUCUCUUGCAUUGACGCUGUUGGAGACUCUGGUGAAAAAUUGUGGCGAUCAUGUGCAUUUUCUGGUUGUAGAGCGCGGUAUAUUGCCAGAAAUGGUCAAACUUGCCAAGAAAAAGGCAAAUGUGCAAGUGAGGGACAAAAUUUUGACACUCCUUGAUUCUUGGCAAGAAGCAUUUGGUGGGCCUGGUGGGAAGCACCCUCAGUUCUACUGGGCAUAUUCUGAACUUAAGCAAUCUGGUUUAGAAUUUCCUAGGCGCUCACCUGAGGCAGCAACAAUAUUCGCCCCUCACCUUCAACCAGGGAUCGGGAGUCCAGUCAAUUCGUCCUUGAGAGCUGAUGGGAUGAUUUCAUCAAGUGGCUCUCCUCUGAGUUUGUCAGACCUGCAACGCAUUUUAAGUGCCGCGGAGCUACUAAGUGAGAUGCUGAGAGAAGUAGAUCCAAAUGAUCAUGAGGCUGUGAAUGAUGAAAUUAUCGCGGAACUUGUGAACCAAUGCCGAUCAUACCAGAAAAAGAUCAUGAGUUUGGUUAGUUCAGUGAGUGAUGAGGACCUCUUGAGCCAAAGUCUCGACUUAAACGACAGAUUGCAAAUUCUGCUUUCCAAACACGAUGCAAUUGCAUCAGGUUCCCCUCUACCGGGUGAAGAAACGGAUGUGUUGAGUGAAUUGCCCAGAGGGAUCACUACACCCCCUGCAGUAACAGUUGUUCCAGAAACUGCCAUUGUACCAACUUUUGUCUUGGAUGAUGAAGAGGAAGAGGAGGAAGAUGAUGAGUUCUCUCAGUUAGCUCGCAGGAAUUCGAGAUUCAGGUCAGCAAAUGACAAGAGCGCCUCUUCAGGCGUAGGCGCAUCAUCGUCGUCCACGCAGGAUGGAACAGCAGGCUCAGCAGCUUCUGUGACCACUACAGCAUCACCAUCUACUUCAAGCAGUGCAUUAGCAUUGCCUGAUCAUCUAGCUCCUAUAAGGACUUCUCCAGAAGACAAGAUUAUGAGCGACCUCCUUGCGCUCACCAUAGUGUCAAGCCCAUCACCUGAACCUGCCUUGCAUCCUGGUGGUUCCCCAACCAGCUAUCAUCCACAGCCUCAUUAUGUAGACCCAGAGCAAACAGCUGCAGCGCACAAUAGCUACGUCGCUCCUUGGGCUCAGCAUCAACCUCAAACUGCACCCAUUAAGCAGCAGCAGCAGCCACCACCUCAACCUCAACCACAAUUUCCUUACAACCCAUCUCCUUACCCGCCACCACCAUGGGCCCCACAGGACAACACCGAGUCAAACCCUUUCGUGGCAUCUUCGUCGCAGCAUCUUUCUACCUCCAGCUCGUCUCUUAAAGUACCGCCGAACAUGAGGCCCCUACAGCAAUCGCAAUCUUUUGGCAUACCGCUUCGAAGUGCCGCGUCAGAUUCACCGACAAACAAGAGCCUGAAGCAACCAAUGUCUGCAGGGUCUCGCAGGCCGUCUUAUGUUCCUUCUAACAAGUUCUUUGAUGAUCUGCUCGAGAGAAAUGCGGAUGGCACUCUGAAAACGGGCAGCACGGUAAUUGGAGGAAUGUCCAGUCCAUACAAACCGUAGUGAUGCUAGUGGAAUCAUACAUACCAAAAUAAACUGUAGCGAUGACAGCGGAAUCAAAAUACUAUGAAAGACUUGCAUUUUUUGUCUUGAUAACUGCUACGAUUUCAAAAUACGAGCCAAUAAACCAUGGUGAUGCCAGUGGAAUCAAAAUAUGAAAGAUUUGCAUUGUUUGUCUUGA